GUCAUGCUCGAAGAGCGAUAAGUGUUACACUUUAUCUCCCACAGAGCAGCCACUCUGCUCAUCUUCAGUCUACUUCUACUCCUGGAGGACAUUCCAGCCAAGAUUCCAGCAGAUGUCAGACCUGUGCAUCGAUAGACCUCUCAAGAUGAUGGCUCACAAAAGGCUGCUUCUUGCCUGUGGCUCAAGGAUGGUCUCUCAAAAUGGCUCUUUUUCAACAUCUGCCACAGCUCACAAGAGCUACAAGCUGGUGGUGGUGGGAGGAGGUGCAGGAGGCUGUGCCACGGCUGCCAAGUUCUCCUCCAAGCUGGGUGCUGGCAGUGUGGCGGUGAUUGAGCCAGCUGACACCCACUACUACCAGCCCAUGUGGACUCUGGUGGGUGGAGGCAUGAAGAGGCUGGAGGAGUCUGGCCGACCCAUGAGUCAGGUCCUCCCCAAGAAGGCAGACUGGAUCAAGCAGCGAGUAGUGACCUUUGACCCUCACAAGAACAAGGUCAUAACUCAGGACGGCCAGGAGAUCAGCUAUGAAUUCCUGGUAGUUGCUCUUGGUAUUCAGCUCAACUACAAUCAGAUCAAGGGCUUACCUGAUGCCUUUGAGACUCCUGGUGUGUGCUCCAACUAUUCCCCUCUUUAUGUCACCAAGACACUAGAGAGUCUGAAGAACUUUAAAGAGGGAAAUGCUCUGUUCUCCUUUCCCAACACCCUCAUCAAGUGUCCAGGAGCUCCUCAGAAGAUCAUGUAUAUUACUGACCAGUAUCUCCGUAAGCAUGGGAAGCGUGACAAGGCCAACAUCCAGUACUUCUCAUCCCUGCCAGUCAUCUUUGCUGUCAAGAAGUAUGCUGAUGCUUUAUGGGAGGUGGUGAAGGAGCGAAACAUCACCAUCAACCUGCGCCACAAUCUCAUUGAGGUGAAGCCAGACUCCCAGGAAGCUGUGUUCCAGAACCUAGAGAACCCAGAUGACCUCAAGACUGUCAAAUACGAGAUGCUUCAUGUGGCACCCCCAAUGAGCUCACCAGACCCCCUAUGCCAGUGUGCUGCCCUCACCAAUGAGGCAGGCUUCCUGAAUGUAAACAAGCAUACCCUGCAGCAUGUCACCUUCCCUAAUGUGUUUGGCAUCGGCGACUGCACCAGUGUUCCCAUCGCCAAGACUGCAGCUGCUGUGGCUGGCCAGUUUGGAGUGAUGCAGAGAAACCUGAGCUUGGCAAUGAGUGGUACAUCCCCCAAACACCAGUAUGAUGGGUACACUUCCUGCCCUCUAGUUACUGGUUACUCCAAGUGCAUCCUGGCAGAGUUUGACAUGGACUUGAACCCACUGGAGACAUUCCCCAUCAACCAGGCCAAGGAGCGGCGCACCAUGUUCCACCUCAAGAAGGACAUGAUGCCAACCAUGUACUGGAAUGGAAUGCUCAAAGGCUACUGGGAGGGACCAAAGAACCUGAGAAAACUCAUGCACUUGGGAAUAAAGUGAAGAGAAAAAGAACACUUGAGCAAAUUUGUUGAUAAAAUUGAUUGAGGUAGAUGCCUGUAAAUAAAUUAGUAAAAAAUAAUUCCCUUUUAUAGUUUAAAUAAUCAAAAUGGAAUUAUGUGUAAGUUUUGGCCUUACAGUAUAUAUUCUCUAGAGGUUGAUGUAUGAUAUGCUUGAUUCAGUUUGAAUCCUUUAAGACAAUUUGAUUAAUGUAAUUCUUAUGGAGGUUGUGGGAAAUAUAUUUUAUUUUAAUAACAUAAAUGAAUACAGUUUAAUUUUCUGCAUUUGUAAAAUAUUCUGAUACUCUGUUAAGGAAGCUCCAUUUAUUUUUUAAAAAUUGAGGAAUACAAAAUUUUUACAAAUGAACUAGGUAAGAAAUUGGGAAACAAAAGAAACUAAGCAAAACAAGUGUAUUGUAUGACCUGAAUGCCUUAAAAGUACAUAUUCUAGAUGUUACAUGAACAAAGACAAUUUUUGUGCAUUUAUUUUGUGAUACAGUACGAGACAAGGUGUGGAGUGGCACAGGCCUUAGUGGAGAGGCCUGAUGUACAUACCUUGUCUCUGCUCCUCCUCUAUGGGCAAGUAAAUCUGAUAAGUAUAUGCCAGACAGAAAAGAUAUAUUGUUAUUUUAUAACACUACAAGUGAUGUUGUUCGUGUUGCUAGAAAGUCUGUUUAUUAGAUACUGCUGUCAUUCUAAAUCCAGUUCAUUAUCUGAUUAAUGCUCUUCUUUUAAUCUUAAUGUAUGUACUCCAGUAAGUAGCCAAUCUUUCUUUUUCAAUAUUGCUUGUUUUAUGAUCCAGUAUAGAUGAUACACUCAUCUUAAAUUCACCCAUGUGAUGGUAAAAACAAUCCUGAGUGUUGUCUUCCAUACAGAUGUAUUAGUAGUUUGCUAUGAUCACAGUUCCAUCACUAUUCCACAGAGAAGUGUUACUGUUGGUGCUGUGGAGUAAUGCUCAUUUCAUGGGACAGUGAGACUCAGUCUGUAGGAAGGUUUUAUUAGAUAGACAGGAGUGGGUGGUACUAUGUUAACUCUCAAGAAAUAUACUCUGCUACUCUGCUGGUGCUUGUGUGAUAUGUACAUCAGCAUGACUAUCAGGUCUGUGGAUUUGCCUACUUAUACACUAUAGUUAUACGUAUACUUGUACAGCAGUACAUGCUAAAUUCAGUUGAUGAAAAUAUUGCUGGAUCACGAGAACUUAUGCGAGGUUUGUGAGUACUACGCAUAGCCUUUCAUCUUUUGUUCCACUUGUGUAUGUAGUGACACGACAGUCAUGGCUCACCAGGAAUCUCUCAGGCCUUGGUGGUCUUUGCCUAAUUGUUUACUGUGAAUGUCCUGACCAGGCAUUCCACCCCCUGCAGUGUUCCCUCAUGGCCAGUUUAUCCUUCAUACCAACUCCUCUGUGUUCCUGUGAUGCACCAAAGGAGGUAUGGCACUUACAAGUUUGCUGUUAAGUUCACCUAUCUAGAUUUGAUAAGAUGUGUGCACAUGUUUGCCCUUUCUUUAGUCAGUGUUUUUACCCAAAUGCAUUCUUUCAUUUUUAUAUUUUGCAUCCCAUUCACAGAUUAUGCUGAAUGUACUUGUUUCCAUGUAUGUGUUUCUAUAUCAGUGGUUUCCCACUUUUUUUCUGUCUUUUCCCCCUUCAGUCAGGUUUACCUGCUCGGAUUUCCCCAUUCAAAGUGACCAGAGAAUUAAGGAAUUUUGACCCAAAUUAUUGUACAUAGUCACAACUAAAGACAAUUGUAGCAUAAUGUUUUAUUUCUAAUUGUAUAUAGUACUUGAAAAUAAGUCAACUGCCACACACACACAUAUAUAUAUAUAUAUAUAUAUAUAUAUAUAUAUAUAUAUAUAUAUAUAUAUAUAUAUAUAUAUAUAUAUAUAUAUAUAUAUAUAUAUAUAUAUAUAUAUAUAUAUAUAUAUUUUUUUUUUUUCCUGUUGGCCUUCAAUAGUUUUCCCUGCUGGAAUCCUAAAAUAUCCCUUGAGGGGGAAAUACUGUUCCAUGUUAUUAACACAAACCAGAGUAAUCUUUGAAGGAACAAAUUGUAAACUAAAUUCAUAACACACAAUAGAUAAACUAAAUCUAUGACCAGACUGGAUUUGUACUACUGAACAGACUCAUUGCUUCUCCCCCUCAUUACACCAUAAAUAUAAUGGACAUAUUAUGGAAGUGGCAAUCCUGCUGCCCACUAGUAUGGUGUAUACUACCUGGAAUGCAACUGAGGUGUUCAACCAUAUAGCUGGCAAUGAGACACUGGAUGAAGAGUGUAAGCCUCCAGACUCUGUGUACUAGAGUUGUCUUAAAGUGAUGAAUUUGAGGACUGGUGAUCCACUCCUCUGUAUGUCUAUUUUUAUAAUGAGACAAGGCACAGGGGAGGAGGAGAAGGAGCAACAAAUAUUCCUCUUUAAGGAGACUGCUAGCUUGGAAUAUAGAUAGACUACAUAUACAUAACUGUACAACACACUUAGCUAGUUCCUUUCAUUGGAAACAACAUACCACUCAUUAGUUGUCCUUCAUCACCAACUGCAAGAUGUCUCCACAAUAGGUCCUCAAUAGCUCUCAUAACCUUCUUCACAACAGGUCUCCUUCACCAAGUCCCCAUUAGUUCUCAUAACUAUCUUCUUUCACUGCCUGUCAUCCUCCAAGGCUUCCUGUUCUUCCCCUGAGCCCUGACAAUGAAUAUCUUGUCGUCCUUUGCCAUGGGUGACUUGUGGUGGGAUGUGAUGUGUUCUCUGAGAUGUGUACAGCAGGUCCAGGGCAAAGAUGAUACAGGAUGUCACCAUGCCAGCCAGGAGCAGCAGGAAGGCCAUCAGGAUGUUGCUGUGACAUGGAAGUCAAGAAUGAAAGUGUUCUUGAGUCAACCAAACGCCACUUAGUGUCAUCAUCAUUAAAAUUAUUAUUGGUUA